AUGAAUUCUGCAGCUAAGAAGGGCCCAGGAGGAAGACGCAGUAACCCCCCAGGCAGCACCAGGACUCUGGCUCUGACUGUGUGCUCUGCUGCCAUUGGAGGCACCUUCCAGUACGGUUACAACAUCUCCAUCAUCAAUGCUCCCACCAGCUACAUCCAGAGCUUCAUCAAUCACACAUACGUGGAUCGCUGGGGCAGCGGUCUGGAUACCUCUCAGCUGACUCUGCUGUGGACUGUGAUCGUGUCAGCUUUCUCACUGGGGGGGUUGCUGGGGGCUCUGUUAGCAGGGCCCAUGGCGGUCCAUUUUGGUAGGAAGAAGUCCCUGCUCUUGAACAACUCCUUCCUCUUCUUGAGUGCUGUUCUGGUGCUGACGUGCAAGCUGGCAAAAGCAUUUGAGAUGAUCAUCGUGUCUCGUUUCCUGGUGGGAAUAAACGCAGGGGUCAGCAUGAAUGUACAGCCCAUGUACUUUGGAGAAAGUGCUCCCAAACAUCUCAGAGGGGCGGUGGCGUUUUCCUCUGCGGUCUUCACGGCAUUUGGGAUCUUCUUUGGUCAAGUUGUGGGACUCACUGAGCUUCUUGGAACAGCACCUCUUUGGCCCUAUUUACUGGCUAGCAAUGCUUUGCCAGGACUGAUCCAGCUAAUGACGCUACCCUGGUUCCCCGAAAGCCCCAGGUAUCUUCUCAUUGACCAGGGGGACAGAGAAGCGUGUAUCCAGGCUCUAAAACGACUUCGUGGAGGAGAGGUUCCUUCCUUGGAGAUGGAGGAGAUGCUUCAGGAGCAGCAGCAAAUGUCUGCUGCUAUAAAAUGUGGUUCUGUAGCACCUGCCAAGACACCUUGGUCUUUGUUCAAGGAUGUGGACCUACAGUACCAGCUCAGGACGGUCAUGAUUGCCAGUAGCGGCAUGAUGCUCUGCGGCAAUGACUCCUUCUACUUCUAUGCCUCCUACAUAUUUCAGGAAGCAGGGAUCCCACAGGAGAAAAUCCAGUACAUCACCAUUGGAACAGGAGCAUCGGAGCUAACUGCAUCUAUCCUCAGUAACCUUCUUAUUGAGCGUGUGGGCCGCAGGUACCUUCUCAUUGGAGGGUAUAGUCUUAUGGUGUCACCACAGAGAACCAACUCACACGAAGACUUGGCAAUGGGAUUUAAACCAGAUGUCCUUCCUGACAACCACAGGCAUCUGUGUGGAGCAGACAGCUCCAGAACACCUGGACGAGCAGACGGUGGCAGUUAA